GAGAGUACACGAGGCGAAUCAGUUCACUGUCGACUGCGUUCGGAACAGGACGUGUGUCGACUCACGACGUUGAGUUGUUUGUUGCUUAAACACAGACUCGCGGAAACUUCUUUGAACAUCGCAUUCGUUCAAACGGAAUUUUGGGAUUACCAGGAUCCAAUCCAGUUUUGUUUAUUAUACACGUGUCGAGAUUUGUGGAUCUGUACUACGAGGGAAAAGGAAAAAGUGUAUUUUGUGCGUGAGGGUGCGUGAAUCGAGGAAGGAACCGGUGAAGUGCCGGUGGUCCGUAAGAAGAAAAUGACCGAUCACGUGGUGGAAAGUACGUUCGAGCUUUCGGCAUUCAUGAAAGCCGGUGUCAUGGCGGGUUCCGAAAGAGAUAAUGGCUCUUGCAGUAGUACCGACGAGGACAGUAGAUCGAGUUUGCAUUCGCCUACUUCAUCUGAGGACAGCGUCGAAGUGCAGGUAAUACCGAUUUCGUUGAGAAACAAACGGAAAUUAGCAGAGCCACGGAAAAUUCAAGAACCUGCAGUCAUCAUAGCACCGCUGAAGAAGAGACGGUUCGAUCCUAUUUCCCAGGAGACAACAGUAGACCAAGAGGAGACCAGAUCAUUGAACACAUCGAAUCCUUUUCGACCGUGGAUUCCUUCUUCCUAUAAAAAUGAAUCUGAGACGAUCGUAACUUCGUCGAUGACGAUGUCGACGAAUACGACUUCCACGACAUCAACUGCGAUGACGACGACAACGACGUUGUCCAGUGGAAAAGAGGAAGAAGAAACAGAAAGGACGAGACAGCAAGAUGAGACGACGCAGAGGUUGCACGAAUCAUUCAGAAGACUACAACAUCCUACCGGUCACAAUCGAUUGGCUGUUACAUCUCGACGAGAGUCUCGUCAGAGGUUCUUUGAACCGGUGGCACCAACAGCAGCAACAAUGUCUUCGUCGAACACGAUCUCUUUACCGCAUCCUAGGCUGCAGGACGAACCAUUAUCUUUGGUGGUGAGAAACGAGGCAUCCAGAGUACCGUCGCAUCCUGCUGUAAGUGGCUCCUACGACAAGACGCCAUCGUACAUGGUGGAACACUUGUUACAAUCCUCAGUACAGAUAGCUUCGUCCGAUCAGAAUCAUCAGACUCAUCAGAGUCAUCAAGUGACUCCCAUGACAUCGAGACAUCAUCAUCAGGGCGGCCAACAAAGAAAUUACAAGAACAUGACGAGGGAGAGACGGAUAGAAGCGAACGCUCGAGAAAGAACUAGAGUGCAUACUAUCAGUGCUGCCUUUGACACGUUAAGGCGAGCAAUACCUGCCUAUUCAAAUAACCAGAAAUUGUCAAAGCUAUCCGUAUUGAGGAUUGCCUGCACCUACAUUAUGGCGCUUAGCAAGGCUCUCGAUAAAGAUGGCGAAAUGAUGGCGACAAAGAGCAACACAGACUUAAGUAGCUGUGUAGAGCUGGUUUCUAGGACUAUUCAGACAGAGGGCAAACUCAGAAAACGGAAAGAAGACUGAACGAAUCGUGUUUUCAUCUGAACAAUGGGAACAAGAUUGAAAUCUGUCAUAACAGAAACAGCGAGGAUAUUCCAUUUAUAUAUCUUCUAUUCUCGAUGCUAUGUUCGAGAGAGAAGAGGACGUUAACCUAAGGGUAAAUAACCUAAUUAUCACCGGUUUCGAUGAUGAGCAUAUUAAUUCAAGGAUUAUUGAUUAAGAAUGCGUUAAUUAGAGUCACGAGUGCGAAACAAUUUUCAAAAAUAGUGA